ACGUAUAAGUAAUUUAAUUCGUAGAAGCUAAUCAAAAAUAAAAAGGUCACGAUUAGUGACCCUUGCGCAUGUUACUUGAUUCCAUUGACUAAAAUUCAGCAAAGAAAGAAAGUGAAACUAAAUAGACGUGCAGUGUAAAGUGAAUGUGUCGUAAUAUUUGUUCGAAUAAAGUAUACUAAGUACAUAUUCUCAUGACAAAUCACGUGCGAUCAAGAAUGCAAUAAUAAAAUUUGCUUUUACAUCCUUUUGCUUGUUAUACAAAUGCACUAUAUACUUACCAAUGACCCAGAUAGGUUAUGCCAUUAUGAUACCUGAUCUAAAUUUUUUCGCCUACAAUUAUACUAAGAAGUACUAUGUCUGCUUCAUUGUUUAAUACAUUCACUCAAAGAGUUUACAAUGGAAUGGAAUGGCUCUAAAGAAAUGGAGGAACGGAGGUGCAUUGCUGAUACAGGGAAAACAUUAAGAAAGUAUGGAAGUACAGCUAAACAUAUGAUGAGAGCAGAGAGCUUAAUAAAACAUAUUGUUGUGUCUACGGAUACACUUCAAGGAAUUGCGUUGAAGUAUGGCGUUACAACAGAACAAAUAAGAAGAGUUAAUCGACUGUGGGCAUCAGAUAGUUUAUUUUUACGAGAAUAUCUCCUUAUACCUGUAAGCACAGACAGCCCAUUAGCUUCGUCUGUUGAAUGUGCUGUGUACAAUGAUUCAGAGUGUAAUUCUACUCAAAAUGUAUCUAGUCCAUCCGUAAUAUCGCCAUUAGAUGAUGAAAGUUCAGCUGAUGACUUUUUAGCAAAAAUGGAUACUUGUAUAGCUAAUGUUAAAAAAGAAAUUAAACGUGCUCAAGGAAGUAGUGAAUUCUGUAAUGAAGGUAAUGAUACUUAUGUGCAACAACGAAGAACAUCUAAUAAGUUUAAAGAUUCACUUCCUUCAAAUACACAUAUAUCAGCCCAUUCAUCAGAAUUAAGGCUGUCAUCCUCUAGUGAUAUGCAAAAUUUUCCAACUGCUGUAGUUAUGACCCAGGGAAGAAAAGUAAAAACAUCAUUACAAAGACUUCAACAGCAACAGGAUGAAAUGUUCCAAUUGUAGCAUCUAAAUCUUAUUCAUGUAUAAUAUUUUACAAUUCAGCAGAUGUUAUUAAAGACCUUGCUGAAAAGAG